AUGGCAGAGCUGGAGGGCCUGGAGUUUGGGAAGUCAGACUUUGUACUGCUGGAUGAGGUGACGAUGGAGCAGUUUAUGGAGAAUCUGAAGUUGAGAUUUGAGAAGGGCCGUAUCUACACCUACAUUGGAGAAGUAGUCGUCUCUGUUAAUCCGUACAGACAGAUGGACAUUUACGGCAAAGAUACCGUUGAUGCGUACAGGGGCCGGGAGCUGUACGAAAACCCUCCUCACUUGUACGCAGUGUCUGAUGCGGCCUAUAAGGCCAUGAAGAGACGGGCCAAAGAUACCUGCAUCGUCAUAUCAGGUGAAAGUGGGGCAGGAAAAACAGAAGCUAGUAAAUACAUCAUGCAGUACAUUGCGGCCAUCACGAACCCAGGCCAGAGGGCCGAGGUUGAGAGUGUGAAGAAUGUCCUGCUCAAAUCCAACUGUGUGCUGGAGGCCUUUGGGAACGCCAAGACAAAUCGCAACGACAACUCUAGCCGCUUCGGCAAGUACAUGGACAUCAACUUCAACUUCAAUGGGGAACCUACCGGAGGACACAUCAACAACUACCUGCUGGAGAAGUCCAGGGUGGUCCAGCAGCAAGACGGGGAGAGGAACUUCCACUCAUUCUACCAGUUACUCCGUGGAGGCUCAGAUGAGAUGCUAGAGUCAUUUCAUCUGCAGAAUGAUCCUGCUGUUUAUAUUUAUACCAGAGAGGGAGCUGCAACUGUUACCUCCAACAAUGAUCGCUCGAGCCACAAAGCAGUGAUGAGUGCCCUGGGAGUGAUUGGCUUCUCAAACGAGGAGAUUAACUCAAUUUAUCAGAUCCUGGCCUCCAUUCUUCUGUUGGGAAACGUGCAGUUUGAGACUGAUGGUGAGAGCGUUCAGAUCCUGGGACUCGAAGCUAUUGACCACAUCGCUGAGCUGACAGCCACAGAGGCGGACAGUGUCAUCAAGAGCCUGCUGUUCCGCACUGUGGCCACCGGGGGCGGCGAGGUCAUCGAGAAGGGACACACAGAGCAGGACGCCUGCUUUGGGCGAGAUGCUUUCGCCAAGGCUCUUUAUGAGAGACUUUUCUGCUGGAUUGUAAACCGCAUCAACAGCGUCAUUGAAGUUAAAGACUACAACCCAGUGCUUCAUGGAAAAAACACAGUCAUCGGCGUGCUGGAUAUCUACGGCUUUGAGAUCUUUGAAAACAACAGUUUUGAACAGUUCUGCAUCAACUACUGCAACGAGAAGCUGCAGCAGCUCUUCAUCGAGCUGAUCCUCAGACAGGAACAAGGUGAAUACCAGAGAGAGGGCAUCACCUGGCAACAUAUUGAUUACUUCAACAACCAGAUCAUUGUGGACCUUGUGGAGCAGCCCCACAAAGGCAUCAUCUCCAUUUUGGACGAAGCUUGCCUCACUGUUGGUAAAGUCACUGACACGGUCUGCCUGGAGAGCAUGGACACCAAACUGGCCCAGCACCCCCACUACACAUCCCGCAAGCUCAGCCCCACAGACAAAACCAUGGACUUUCAGAAACACUUCCGUAUUCGCCACUAUGCCGGAGAUGUCACAUAUUCCGUCGAGGGCUUUUUGGACAAAAACAAGGACCUGCUUUUCCAAGAUUUCAAGCGUCUCAUGUACAACAGUGCCGACCCAGUCCUGAAGGAGAUGUGGCCAGAUGGUCAGCUGAGCAUCACAGAAGUCACCAAGCGACCAUUGACCGCGGCCACCCUCUUCAAGAACUCCAUUGUGGCCUUGGUGGAUAAACUGGGCUGCAAGGAGCCUUACUAUGUGCGGUGCAUAAAGCCCAACGAGAUGAAGUCUCCUGUGUUGUUUGACGACGCUCGCUGCCAGCACCAGGUGGCCUACCUCGGCCUGAUGGAGAAUGUGAUGGUGCGCAGAGCGGGCUUUGCCUACAGGCAGCAUUACGCUCGCGUCCUGCAGCGGUAUAAAAUGACAUGCGAGUACACCUGGCCAAACCACCUGAUGGCCUCAGACAGAGAAGCCGUGGAGGCCAUUGUCACCCAGCAUGGUUUCCAGGACGAUGUGGCAUACGGACACACCAAGCUGUUUGUCAGAACGCCGCGGUCUCUAUAUACUCUGGAGCAGGAGAGAGCCGCCCUCAUCCCUAUCCUGGUUCUUUUCCUGCAGAAGGUGUGGCGUGGGGCUUUGGCUCGUAUGAGGUGCCGGCGCAUGAGGGCCAUCUACGCCAUCAUGGGCUGCUAUAAGCGCUACAAGGUGAAGGCCCACUUCUGGGAGGUGGAGAGUAGAUUCGCUAAUGUGCGAACCAUGGCCGACUAUGGAAAGAGCGUGGAGUGGCCGAACCCGCCUGCAGCUCUGUCCAAGUUUCACAAGAACACAGUCAUGCUGCAUCGCAGGUGGUGGGCGAGGCAGAUCGUGAAGAACAUCCCUCCAUCUGACAUGCUGGAAGUUCGGGCCAAAGUGGCAGCUCUGACUGCUCUGAGCGGAGAGAGGAAAGACUGGGGAGUCAGCAGAGCCUGGGAGAGGGACUACCUGGCCAAUGCGCGAGACUGCCCUCAGACCAGCUCCAGCUUCAUCCGUGUUUCCAAGGACCUGAGGAACAAAGACAUGUACAGUCAGGUCCUCUUCUCUGGCUUCUGUAGAAAGGUGAAUAGAUUCAACAAAAGCACAGACCGAGGACUGCUCAUCACAGACAAGUGUGUCUACAAAUUAGAGCCAAAUAAACAGUACAAGGUUUUGAAGAGGCUUCCCUUAGACAUUUUCACGGGACUGAGUGUGACCAGCGAGGUUGACCAGAUGGUGGCGCUACACACAUCCUCCCAGGAUGAUGUCCUGCUGUGUUUGCAGCGAGGGGAGCUGUGCACCAACCAGGACCGAGUGGGGGAGCUGGUGGGAGCGUUGGUGGACCACUUCACACGAAUGCCCCCUGAGGAAAUUCAAGACACAGGGUGCAGCUGGUUGAGAUAGGACCACUGUUUCUGAUGACGGUGAUGGUAAUUUUAAUGGAUGAUGAACACUAGGAUGCCAAAGCGAACCCUGUGAUGGUCUGCUCGCCGCCACCUCACACCCGAGAACUCAAGUGACCUCGGCCCACGUUGCCUCCGCUGCCGGGGCUGCAGAUGCUGCUGUUGCCCCAGAGAUAGUUGCCAGGCAGCUGGGGAAUUUAUAAUUAAGAUUGCAAGGGGAAAUUACAGCCUUGUGUUGACGAGUGGGUGUCAAGUCUGGUGGAAAGGGAGGGUGGGAGGGAUGAAAGGGGGUCUGUGGGAUGGAAGGGGAGGGGCUCUGACGGAUGGAAAACUACAGGUGAGCGUGAGAUGGCUUCCUCUUAUAAUUCCUUUUUUUAAAGUAACAUUUUAGGAAAUAUACUUGUUAGAGUUAAACGAGGAGAUGGAUGCUACUCUCAUAUGUGUCCUUUCAAUAUAAGACUACAGUCAGCAGCUGGUUAGCUUAGCAUAAAGACUGGAAACAGGGAAACAGCUAGCCUGGCUCUGUUAAACAAUAACAAAAUCUGCCUACCAGCACCUCUAAAGCUCACUAACUAACAUGUUAUGUCUCUGUUGUUUAAGCUGUACAAAAACUUAAGUGUAAAAUGGACAAUGUGUCGGCCGUUAUACGGGGUUAUGUGUUGAAAUAUUUCUUUGCUUGAGCAGUUGCCAGACAACUAGAAGUUACUGCUCGCAGCCAAGAAAUAGUCUGGCACAAAACCCACCAUAAAACCACAACUUGACGUUUUCACAGUCUUUUUGUACCGAUUAAACAUAACGUGUUAAUGAUUCAGCUUUAGAGGUGCUGGCAGGUGGAUUUUGUUACUGUUUGACAGAGCCUAAGCUGAAUUUACCGCACAAAUAUGACAGUGAUGUCGAUCUUCUCGAUCCAGUUUUUUAGUGGGGAAUCGAUGCAUUUUAGUACACAACAGUACAGCGUUUUUCUGAGUUUUAAAUGGCAAUAAGUCGUUUUCAGAUAGCAAAAGAGACUCUUACAUUACACUCUACAUGCUUCUGCAGAGCCAAGUAAAAAAAGCACUAUAUGAACAGUUUUCCGUUUGCACAUCUCGUGAAAGCUGAGAACAACAUCUGUAACGGUGCUUAUAGUUUCCAACUAUGUGCCUGUGGUAGCCUGAGAAAAUGCUUUCUCACAGCAACCAAACGUGUAAACUGAAACCAAAAUAAACCUUAAAUAUUGAUAAUUAGCUUUAAAGCAAAGCAAUCAGUGUCUAGAUUAUGUUUUUAAUCCGUUUGUAUAAUUCAGAUCAAGAUCAUUUUUUAGAGGAAUACCUGAAAAGUGAAUCUCCAAUGGAAAUAAAGGCAUCAAGCUUCGUGAUUGUUUUCUAGUUUGACCCAAGCAAGUGGCCCCUUAAUUUAAAAAAUGGUGUUAGCAGCUGUGAAGGAGUGACUGAAAGGUCUUAUCUCUUACUAUUUUUCUUCUGAAUGGAAAAAAAGUUACUUAAAACACAUCUGUUUAGAUUGGCAUACCCACCAUAGAUUUCACCAUAUCCACCUUGAUUUUACUGACAUAAUUUUUUAACUAGUUGAAUACCUUUGCUUUACUUACUACUGGAUUUUAAUGUUGGUACAUUUGUUGUGCUUCUAUUAUUGUUUUUAUUAAUGUGUGUAAGGUGUCCUUGGGUGUCCUGAAAGGCACCAACAAAUAAAUUGUAUUAUUA